AUGGCUCCUGUAUUAAGUGAUCAAAACAAGGGAUCGCUUAUGAACGUCGACAGUUUGAAUUUUCUGAAUAAACCUGAUUUUGAUGUAGAUAUGGAAAAUAAUGAAGUUUUGAGAGAAUUGUCUGUAGAUGCAAUUUCUGGGGCACCAGAGACGUUCUUUGAGGGUCUGGAGCAAAAGGGAGAGUAUGGGGAUGCCUUAGACGGUUUUUCGGGCUCAUUGAAGUUCAAAUUGGCCCCAAUAACAGCUCGUAGUUUGGGUUAUUUCAGCAACGCUAUUGAAGAGGAAAACAAUAGUGGAAAGGUCAAGAAAAAGGACAACAGGCUGUUCACACCGGUUUUCCACGGACUGGACUCCUCAGACGAAUACAAACAAUUCGUUUUAACGUGUUUCGAAAUUUACAAAAAUCUGGGCGAAGAUCGGUUUUUCUCGAUCCCCACAUUGGGACUCGUCAGCCAGUCCGCUCAGGCUGAACACUCUCAAGCAGUUGAUUUGGCCAUGUUCGCUUUGGCAGACGAACUGGAGACUUUUGCAUUGACGCAAAACAUGGCCAGAGGUGCAGAGCUCGAGGAGAGUGCAUCCAUUCUCAAUUGCGCCAAGGCCUUAUACUUCACGUCAUCCGCACAAGACUCAGAAUUCCAGGAUGGUGACGUGGUUCAAAAUAUUGCACAUUGGAUCAACAGGGCCGAUGGAGAGCCAUCGGAAUCUGCAGUCGAACAGGUUUUUGGGGAAGAUGACAUCACCAAGGUAUAUGAAAAGGCGUCUUUCUGGAAAUUGGUCAGUCAACUACUCCUGAGAGGUCUUUUUGAUCAAGCGCUAGCGGUUCUGGAACGCUCUCAGAUCUUUCCCGCUCUUGAGGCACAGUGUGAAGUAACUUUCGAUAUUUUGACCGAUGCCACUUCACUCCUAAAAGAAUAUCCGUUCGGCGAUGCCACCACUUUUAGAGAGUGGAAGGCCGCUGCACUGAACUUAUCCCAACUAUACUCAGAGAGCACUACAAAUGUGGACCUAGACUUGCGGGAUUCUAUCAACGAUAUGCUUCAUCUAAUGAGCGGAUCGCAAAGCAAAAUUUUACAAUAUUCUGCUACGUGGUAUGAAUCCUUUUGCGGGCUGAUAACUUUCUAUAUCCCCACAUUAGAACUAUCGGAUGAAUACCUGCAACUAUCACUCAAUGCACAUCCGGCUGAUGUCUGCAAUGCCUGGGAGCAGGCUUGUGUGGAAAUAAUAAGAGGCAAGAUCUACGCGGUACUACCAAUUUUGGAAUCACUGGACCACUGUGUGGCUGCUUUUUUCUCUGCUAUUUGUGAAGCAAAGGGACUAUUGGAGUCAAGCAAUAGCUUGCUCAAAAAUGCAACCACAUACAACUCAGGCGACUAUACUAGUAUUGAGGAGGAUUUGUUCUCUUCCAAGAACAGUAUGGCUAGUUUUUUGCUUCACGGCUUCGCCAUGGAACUUUGUUCCUAUGAUGAUAAACUUUUAUGGUCCAUGGCCAUUGGUAUUUUGGCCUUGUCGCCCAGCAGAAGCAAUAGCGCUGUGAGGCUAGCCAUAGGAGAGCUACUGCCUCACUUUCCAUUCGAAAAUAAUGAUGACGUCGAGUGGAUGUUGACUCUCUGUGCUAAAUGGAGGCUACCAGAUGUUGCUAAGACCAUCUAUCGAAUCUUGGGUAACAAAUUUCUCUAUGAGAACAACGUCAUAGAGGCAAUGACGAAUUUUAGUAAAGCAGGAGAGUUUGAGUGGGUCAAACACUAUUCAUGGAUGAUCUUCGAAGCAUCGGCGAUCCAAGGCACACCACUAGAAGAUGAAGUAAUAGACGCGAUCGUCAGUAGGCGCGCUGAAGUGGAAAUACCGAAGGAGAUUUUGGAGAAUGUUUUAACAGAUUCGAUGAGGCAAACGCUGUCACCAUAUGCAGUCUUGCGCCGCUAUUACCAACAGGCUGCAGACCAAGAUUUCGAUGGGGCUCUUAAAAGUCUUUUGAGUCUGAUGGAAUUCCCAUAUCUUCCAAGCCAGUACCUUGCGCUACUGGUAGCCCACUUUUUAUAUCCUGUCUUUCUGCAGGACGAUUCACAACACAUUUCAGAGUCAAACGUGAUACGCAUAAUUCAGGCAUUGAACAAGUUGGAGGUAGAAGACGACAAGAGUGUUGCUCUUUACGACGUUUUAAAAAGCCGAAAGCAAGAUAUUGAAUUACCAGAGGAAUUGUGCAGUUUGAUAAAACAGGUGAGAAGAAAGCUAAGCUUUAAGAUCUGUCAAGAGUUCAUGAAUUGA